AUGGAUAAAAAUCUGAUGUUCAAGUCUCCGGAUUCUCAAAAUCCGACCGUGGCGGUUGGGGAUAAAGGCGUCGAAGGGCGGGAGAGGGGGGUGACCUGUGGCGACAUCGGUACUAAUGCGGACGAGGUGGAGAAGUACUUAGAGUCGGUGCUGCUGAUCGGCACCAUCUGGGGUUGUGUCGUGUUGCUAGACGAGGCCGAUGUCGUCCUCGAGGAGCGGCGCGAGACGGACCUGCAGCAGAACGCCCUGGUCUCCGUCUUCCUGCGCGUCCUCGAGUACUACGACGGCAUCCUGAUUCUCACCUCCAACCGCAUCGGGACGUUUGACAGCGCAUUCAAGUCGCGCUUCCAGUUCGCAGGGCACUACCCCGCGCUGAACGAGCAGGGCCGCUUCGAGAUCUGGCUCAACUUCAUCAACGGCCUCAGCAAGACGAACCCAGAGAACCUGAUCGAUGAUCUCAAGGGCUACCUGCCCGAGCUGGCAGCUAGGGCCCUCAACGGGCAAAAGAUCCGCAACAUGGUGCGCACCGCCCUGCAGCUGGCGCACUUUCGCCAGACCACCCUGACCUAUGAGCACAUCCAGCAGGUCAUUGACGUCCCCGAGGGAUUUAAGAGGCAUGUCAAAUCGACCCGCGGAUACUCGGACCUCGACUGGACGCGGGACCGGGGCAUUCGAUCGGAUUAG